AUGGAUCACUUGGAAUCUUUCAUUGCUGAGUGUGAUAGAAGAACAGAACUGGCUAAAAAACGACUUGCAGAAACCCAGGAGGAGAUCAGCGCUGAAGUGGCUGCAAAGGCAGAGAAAGUGCACGAACUCAAUGAAGACAUUGGGAAGCUUCUGGCUAAAGCUGAGCAGCUAGGAGCUGAAGGGAAUGUGGAUGAAUCCCAGAAGAUCCUGAUGGAAGUGGACAAAGUCCGUGCAAAGAAGAAAGAAGCGGAGGAGGAAUACCGCAAUUCUAUGCCUGCAUCCAGUUUCCAGCAGCAGAAGCUGCGUGUUUGCGAGGUUUGUUCUGCAUACCUCGGUCUCCAUGACAACGAUCGUCGUCUGGCUGAUCAUUUUGGGGGCAAAUUGCAUUUGGGCUUCAUUCAGAUCCGUGAGAAAUUGGACCAGUUGCGGUGUGAGCUGGGCAUUACUUGGGAGCAUCCUAAGCAGGCAUUCAGAAAGGGGAAAAAAUCUUUACAGUCCAGGAAUAAACUUGGUAGAGAAGAUGAGGAAUCUACGGUGGAGCUAACAAUGUUUUCUUCGGAUGAGAACUCAAAGAAUCUGUGA